AUGCUUGCGAAUCAUGACUUAGAUGCCAACGAAGGCCCAAGCGAGCCGUCUCGAUUCCCUACCAGUACACGAACGUCUAGCGAGACUGACUGUGAGGAUCAAUCAGACGAUCAACUAGAACGAGGCAAACGUGAGAGAGAAGAUCAAAUUCAGUGUCCAAGAAAGAGGAGGUCUCGCUUUAGGGCUUCCAGAUCGCUAGAUCGGGAGCAAGAAGAGGGCUGCAACAUAGGUCCAUCCAUGCACCGUAAGGGUGAAAGCUUGCCCGAGGUAUCUUCGCCCAUCCUCGGUAUCUUCCAGUCGUCUCUGCAACAGGGCGAGAGCUCGAAAGAAACUAAGAAGCGGGAGCAAGCCGGCGCUGAGCUACCGGAGUACGACUCUCUCCAGGCCGAGAUCAACAACUCGCUAAGAACUGAGAAGCACUAUGAUACCAUAAUCAAGCUGAGGUGCCAGAAUCGCAAAAACAUCAAUUUGAAGCAACAUACUAGGGGUCUGAGAGCAAGGAACAAACGCCUAGCUCGAGAGAACAAACAGCUAGCUCAAAAAAACGAACAGCUAGCUCGAGAGACCAAGAGGCUAAACAUCGAGUUUGGCAAGGCCUUUGAAGCAUCUUUGUCAGAUAGGGCGAACGUGAUAAAGUCUCAAAUUAUGAUUGAUGCCAAGGAUUUACAAAUUGAGUACUUCAGAAGCAUUGCUCUCGAGCAUUGUGGGAAGCCUCUACAGCACGGGGACUCUACCGAAGAGUCGGACACAACGAUUCAGGGAAUGGAGAAUCUCAGGCUGGAGGUGUCGGAAGUCAAGAAGCAGCUGCAAGAAAAAAACACGACAUGGAACAAACGCAUGCAGGUUUUCGAGGAGAAUCAGCAAGAAACAGAGACGCGCAUAUUGGCAAGUGUGAACUGGAUGAUCGAUGCAAAGAUUCAAGAGCUGGACAACUACAACCAUCAUGAUGCCGAGCCGAUUGGAAGCGGCGACGGCUAUCUGCCAGUGUUGCCCGGUCUAGACUUCAGCGCGCCAACGCCCUUUCCCGAUCUGUACCAAGAAGCAACCCCGCUGCAGGCAAUCAGCUCCGACACAGUCGCCUUUGAACCGCUAAUAAGUCCGGGCAGCAAUGAGCCAAUGUCAAGCCGUAACCACUACAGCAUUCAUCCUCCGUGCUCACCGACAUCGUCGCUGAGAAGCCAAGACGCUGGGGGGGUUUUCUUGUCAGUGCUGCCCUGGUCAGAGUACCAGGAUGAAUCGUGGACAGGCUUCUCGAGCUGA